AUGUCGACUCUCUCCGCCCUGCGCAACUGGGAGGCCGAAAACAACAUCAUCACCAUAGAUCCGUUUCAAAAUGCCCUCUACAACCUACCAGAUCCUGCCGCCUACAAGACCUUACAAAACUCCGCCCCAUGGAAGAAAGAUCCCAACUAUUUCACCCACGUCCGCAUAUCUGCCCUUGCUCUCCUCAAAAUGACGACCCACGCUCGCUCCGGUGGCAGCCUCGAAAUCAUGGGUUUAAUGAUCGGUUACGUUUCCGGUACAUCUCUGGUCAUAACAGAUGCCUUCCGCCUUCCAGUCGAGGGAACGGAAACACGAGUUAAUGCGCAUGCCGAUGCCGAUGAAUACAUGGUCAACUUCGGCAUUGCAUCAAGAGAAGGAGGAGGUCAGCUCGAAAACGCGGUGGGCUGGUACCACUCACAUCCGGGUUAUGGUUGUUGGCUGUCGGGCAUAGAUGUUCACACUCAAAAGUCACAUCAGAUGCUCAACGACCCCUUCGUUGCGGUCGUGAUUGACCCAGACCGAACUGUCUCGGCUGGCAAGGUUGAAAUUGGCGCAUUUAGGACAUACCCUGAAGGACAUGUACCGAAGGACAAACAAUUUACAGACGACAGCGACGAGUAUCAAGCAAUUCCUCAGGACAAGAUACAAGACUUUGGCGUUCAUGCCAACGCUUACUAUCCCCUCGAGGUCACUCACUACAAAUCAACUCUCGAUACACACCUGCUCGGCCUUCUGUGGAACAAGUACUGGACGUCGACUCUCUCGCAGUCACCGCUGUUUACCAAUCGGGAUUACACAAAUAAGCAGAUCGCCGACCACGCAGUCAAGAUCAGGGCAGCGGCGAACAAACAGCGAACUGGUGCUAGCAUGACCCGACGAGGUCAGGAGUUGGUAGGGACGGGAGACACGAAUUUCAAGACUGUAAGGGAUGGUUCCAUGGAGCAGGUUGUUCGCGGCGGCAGCAAGAUAGCCACGGAAGAGCUCGCUGGUCUAUUAGCACAUGAGGUCAAGCAAAAGUUAUUCUGGGGAGUGGUGCAGGAGGCCAGCCAAAAGGCAGCUCAGCAGACGGCUCAUUCGACGACAGGAAUACCUGUGGCAAGCAACGGCGGUUAA